AUGUCCUCCAUCCUCCGCCGCCUCCAAGGAGGAAACCUCGAAGUCUUCAAGUUCGGCAUGUACGUCCUCUUCCCCAUCGGUUGGAUGUACUACUUCGGCACGAAUCUCGACGAGCGCUUCAGCGUCCCCGGCUUCUGGCCCACAGCCGAACAAUCGCAUAAGAUCCCGCUGGAGAAGGAAGAAAUUGACCAAGAGCUGGCGCGUAUGCGGAUGGUUGAUGCGCUGAAGAGGGAGCGGCGUGAACGGCAGUUGGCGAGGGCACAGGAACUAGAGGCUCAAGCCAUGGCACAGUCGCAGGCGCAGAAUCAGUCGGGGUCAGAGUGA